CUCAGCCAGCACUGGGCGGGACUGGGAGUACUGGAAGCGCUGCCACGGAGAGGUGAGCUGUGGGAUCUGGACCAAGGGAGCGCAGGAGCACGGGGUUGGAUGUAGCUGAGAGCUCUCUCCCAGCCCCAGGAAGAUCUCCACUGCCCGAGAGUGCUGCAGCGACCCAGCGGCACCUUCCCCCAAAAUGAUGGAAAACAAAGUGUUUCUGUCAUUCACCUUCUACAGCACCAUCUUGAUUGUAAAAAUGUAUGUUGUUGCCAUCAUUACAGGACAAGUGAGACUCAGAAAGAAGGCGUUUGCAAACCCGGAGGACGCGCUGCGCAACGGGGGGCUGCAGUACCACCGCGACGACCCCGACGUGGAGCGCUGCCGCAGAGCCCACCGCAAUGACAUGGAGAACAUCUUUCCCUUCCUCUUCCUUGGAGCCAUCUACUCCCUGCUGGAUCCCAGUCCCACGGUGGCCAGAAUCCACUUCUUCAUCUUCUGUGCGGGCCGCAUUGUGCACACCGCGGCCUACCUGCUGCGGCUGAGGGCUCCGGCCCGCUCCCUGGCCUACAGCGUGGCACAGCUGCCCUGCUUCUCCAUGGCCCUGCAGAUCCUCCUGGCCACCACCCUGUACUGGUAACACCAGUGACACCAGUCCUCCCAACCCCCUCAUCCUGCGCCCGGCCGGACCGGGCAGCGCCUGUGCAGGUGUCAGCGUGAAUGUGUGUGUGGGGGCACGUGAUGUGGCGCCAGGGAGGCCACUUGUGCCCCAGGAAUGUCCAGUGCUGCCUUCAUCAAGUCCCCAUGGUAUUGAGAUUGGGUGGGGAAGUCACCAGAGAGAAGGGGCACAUCUCCCCGUGGAGCAGGAAGGGGAUGUGGAGGCAGGUUUCACUCACUCCUGUGAAGGGGGGGAGGGGAAAGCAGCCAGACUGCUCCUCAAAGGACUUUGUUGAAGGCAGAAAGGUUUUCUGACCCAACUGCAUUCAGAACUGGGAAGGGGAAGAUGUGCCCAUUCCCCUUGGUCACAAAUACCCCGUGAAUUGGGAAAGGGAGAUCAUGGAGGUCCCACCAAGCAGAUGGGGGUGGUAGCAGAGGGGUUAUAAAACAGUCACCUUCCUCCUGCCUGGCCAUGGAGGUCUGUGAGGAAGGGGUCCCAGAGGUUCCCUCUCCCCUCAGGACAGGAUCAGGUGCAUGCCAGGCAGCAGAACAUGGGAGUCAGAAUCUCAGGGGAGAAGUGUGAAGCCACUGAAGAGUUCGGUGCUCCCUGCACAGCCUCAUCUCACCCUGUAGGACACAGCUCCUGCCUGUCCCAGCAAGGACACCCCGUGGCCAACGUCCCACAGCUCUGGGCCAGCAGCACCCAUGGCUUUUCCAUCUUAGUCCUGCCAUGUCAAGAGCCAGAGGGCUGUGCCUGGAGCAGCCAGCAGGAAUCACCCCAAACAGAGCUGGACACAAAGCUCUGGGACUUCUGGAAAUACAGAGCAAGGGGGUUGCAGUUUGCAGAGGGAGCUUUCUCCCAAGGGUGGUAUCUGCAUUCACAUAGACUCAUAGAAUCAUGCUCUGAUCCCUUGCCCAGCUUGGGCAGCAGCUUCUGUACCAGUAUCUCUGAGCCUAGUGCAGCUGUGGGGUUGGGAGCAGAGGGCUGUGCUCUCCCCAGGAGAAUGCAGCGCCAUGGAAGGUGGGCAGGGCUGCAGAGUCAGCAGUUUGCUCUUGGCCACCACUCAUUUACACAGCUUCAACAGAUGUCUGGGUAACACAUACCCCUCUCAACAAGCCUUUUCUGCCUCACAUGGUGCACAAGGUCUCAAACCCCUGUAUGUUUCUCUGCUGCUGCACAUGCAUCCUGGUGGCAGGAAGCAAAUAUUCCCAAUAAAAACAAAUCAUUGUGCUCUGAUACAUCCUUCCUUUGGGAGCAGCAGAUGCAGCUGGGUAGCAGCUGGGGCCAGCCCAGCAGGAUGGUUCCCCAGCUGCAAAACGUUUUGCUAAACCCCACUGCAGAGCCUGGAGAGCCCUGGGACUCCUGAAGAGACUUCUCCUUCCUCUGGACUCACCUGCCCUGCAGAGAAAGCUCUUCCCCAGGUGUGCAGUAUUCCUCCUGAUCCUUUAAAUUCACCAGUGCUGGGGCUUAUGAAGUGGCUCUGUUCAGUUUUCAUUCCCAGAGUAGCUACAAAACUUGGUGUUCACCCAAACAUCCCUCCCAGCUUCUCCAGAGCAGGCUGGUGGGUAUGGGAUGCUUUGUCCCAGCAAGCUUUCAUCUUACCCUGCCAGCACUCAGCUUACCUGUGGGGCCAAGCUGUUGCUUAAAUCCUGGAGAGCUGGAAGUGUUCAGGUAAGAUGUGGUUGCUUUUGUUUCUGUGUUUAUGACUUGCAAAGGAGCUGCCUGGAUCUUUCAAGCUUACCAGCCCUCUCUUUUUGCUGCUAGGUUGGUUGCUGGGGAGCAAAUGCCUCAUUUUCCUAGCUUUCCCCCUAUUUUCUUACCCUGUUGGUGUUUCAGAGGUUGCUGCCCUGUUGGUAUUUGCAGGUUGAGAUGGACAAAAUGGCUCUACUUGGUAGUUUUUUUCUUUCCCUCAUGUUUUUUGCUUUCAAAGAAGGAAAGCAGUGGUUUUAUAAAAUGGACUCUCUCCAAUACACAC